CAUGUCUACUGUCUACCGUGCAUGGCUUGAGUUGAAUGGCUUCGUGGUGUUUCGUUGACUCGCCGAUGUGGUUUUAAUAUGUUUCUGUGUGUUCCUGCACGUUCGCUACGGUUUUAAAAGUUCAGUGUUUGAAGUAAGUGUGCCCUAAUGCCGCUUUAAAUUAUUGUCGGCUGGUUUUCAUCACACCAAAAGGCACGGGAGUGGCCACAGCAGUGACCUGCUGAGAUGGCAGCCCAUUUGUGCCUGGAGGAAGCAGAGGUGGUACGACUGGUGCUUGAGUUUCUGGCCAAUCGGGAGCUAAGCAUCAGCCAAUUAGCAUUAGAGCGGGAGUCUGGUGUCAUAAAUGAUGCCCUCUCUGAUGACCUGCUCUUUUUGAGGCAACUCAUACUGGAUGGCCAGUGGGAUGAUACCCUGGACUUUGUCCAACCAUUGGAAGACAUGGAAGCCUUUGACAGCAAACGCUUCAAGUUCUCCGUUUUAAAGCACAAGUUUCUCGAGCUGCUGUGCAUACGAUCUGAGGCUGGACUCGUGCAGAGUGCCGAGCUGGGUGUCGAUGAAAUGGUGGCCUGCCUUGAGGCCCUGGAGCAGUGCAGCCCCUCACGGGAGCACUACAACCAGCUUUGUCUGCUACUCACCUUUCCCCGACUAUGUGAUCAUCUUGACUACAAGCACUGGAAUCCCAGCAAUGCCCGCAUCAACUGCUUCAGAGAGGUGCUGCCACUUGUGGAAAAGCUGUUACCAUCUCCUGUCAAGUCCCCUGUGUCAGUUCAGCGUACAUCGUCUGGCGACCGUCUUGUACAGUUGCUCAUUAAGGGCAUCUUGUAUGAAUCCUGCGUCAACCUGUGCCAGAAGAAGGCAACCCUUCCGCCAAGCAGCACUCAGGAUGACGAGUUCCACUUUGCCGAACUCCUAGGAAAUGCCGAUGCCGAUCUCAGUCUGUUUUCAUGGCUUCAGUGCCUCCCGCCAGAAGUGUUCUCUUACCCAUUUGAACAAAAAGUUCUUAAUGUCGACAUCCGGCAGUUGGUGAAACCGUUCCUUGAAGCAUCCUGGACAGAGCAGAUCCUGGCAACACCAAUCAAGCCACGUGUCUUCCCACACUCAGCCGUUCCACGCACCCCAAUGAGCCGUUCACUCAUAAUGGCCAGCAUGGAAGGUGGCCUCUUUUCUGCAGGCAGCCAUUCAGCCCUCAGUGGUUGUGCCAAGAUGGCCCUUUCAAUGGCAGACCUGUCCUCAUCCAUGUCACGGUCAUUUGGGGCCUUCCAUCUUACAGGGAAAAAGCUGAUGAAUACAUCUGUUGACCGGCUCUUUGAAGUUGGGGAUGUAUUCAGCACGAGCUGCACGGACAUUCGGACAGGCACCUUGCCCGAUUUGCUCAAGGAGGAAGAGGAAGAGAACAAGGAUGGCAGUGAAAGUAGAGGCAGCGAUGCAGACAAAUCUCAGUUUUGGAAAGAGUUCCAGCGUCUCAGGAGGAACCUUCAUCACAAUUUGGAUGCAGCUAUGGCAACACCGGUCAUGUCACCAGCAGUGGUUGAGAGUGACAAAAGGACGCCAAACCCAGUGGUAGCAGUUCCAUCUCCACCAACACGAACACCUUCACCUACUUCUGCCCCAACAAGUGCCACUACCUCUGCACCUUCACGCACAAAAUCUGCUGCUGCGGCUGACGCAACACUUGUGUCCCCAUCACUAACGCCAAUUGGUCCAACACCACAGAAAGGGAGUGUAAAAUUUAGGACAAGCACGCCACGAAAUCCAAGGACAGCACCUCCACAUGUGACAACAGUUAUGAUAGAUGGAGUGGUGAAGAACCUCUCUGAAGAUCUCCGGUCCACUGACAGCUUUCCAGAGCACAGUGAUUCAAGCGUUCAUUCGGACACGAGGUCAAUAAGUGCCCAGUCUCGGUCGUCAGGACAGCCUUCGAGUGCUGGAUCAGCCAGAGUCCUCAUCAACACAUACUCUGCAAAUCAUGGAAGCCAAAACCAGCAACAGCAGGCAGCACAUGCGACUGAUGAGCCACGGAAGCCAAAGUUUGUGCAGGUCACCAACUUGGAGGAUGCCCAGGUGGUGCGUGCCUGUGACUUCCAUCCUAGUGGGCAAUUCUACGCUGUUGGCUCCAACUCCAAAACGCUUCGCAUCUGUGGCUACCCAACCAUCACUGAUCUCAGGCAUGGAGACGUGGCCCACCAGCCCACUGUGCUGUUCAAGCGGCUGAAGCACCACAAGGGCUCUAUCUAUUGCCUGGCUUGGAACCAGACUGGGGACCUUUUGGCGACCGGCUCCAAUGACAAGACAAUCAAGCUGAUGCGUUUCAAGUCUGAGACAUGUGCCCUUGACACUGGUGGAGAGGCAGAGCUGACGAUGCACGAUGGUACUGUCCGUGACGUCUGCUUUGUGGAGGACCUAAGCAACAGGUCAAGCUUGCUUAUCAGUGGUGGAGCAGGAGACUGCAAGAUCUACGUAACUGACUGUGAGACCGCCACACCUUUCCAGGCACUGUCUGGGCACUCAGGUCAUGUUUUGUCCUUGUACACAUGGGGAGGAGCCAUGUUUGUGAGUGGCUCUCAAGACAGAACCAUCCGCUUCUGGGAUCUGCGCACCAGAGGGUGCGUCAACCUAGUGACUGCACCACCAGCAAGCGGAAGUGGCCCUGGAAGCCCAGUGGCUGCUGUAGCUGUGGAUCCCUCUGGGCGCAUGCUGGUCUCUGGCCACGAGGAUGCCACGUGCAUGCUGUACGACAUACGAGGUGGCCGGACCAUCCAGACGUUCCGACCUCAUUCGUCUGACCUGCGGUCCGUACGCUUCUCACCACGAGCUUACUACUUGCUGACAGCAUCAUAUGACCGCAAAUGUGUCCUCACAGAUCUGCAGGGUGACCUGACGCAGCCUUUGCCGAGCGUGGUAGUUGCAGAGCAUGCAGACAAGGUGAUCCAGGCCCGCUGGCACCCCAGUGACUUCUCCUUUGUCAGCACCAGCGCUGACAAGACAGCCGUCCUCUGGGCCCUGCCAGUCAACUGAAGGGCUCCCCCAUCCCACAAUUGAAAGGAAACGCCCUCCAUGGGGUGUGGGUGCUCGGACUCUAUGCCCUGUGAUAAACCUCGCUAACCCUGUCUCUGCCUCCCCUCACUUUUUAGUUUGUUUUCACCAACUUUGCAUUGAUGCCCAUCCUGCCAUAACUUUUACUUUCUGGCCCGUCCAUGUUUUUAUCUGGUAGCCCAGUUGGUCAUUGAAUUUUCGUUACUUUGUCUUGCAGGUUGCGCACUGCUAGUGUUAUGAUCAAACCAAAACGCAUGUUUUUUGCAACUAUGGUGACAUGCUAAUGUCAUCUUUGCUUUAUCACUGACUGCCACACUUCUGUGUGUAGACGUGUUGUUAAUUAUGUGUUCGUUCAAUUCAUAGCUCUUUCCUUGAACAUGUCCACCUAUAUUAGAACAGUCGUGUUUGUUCUGUGUUAUGUGCUUUGGAAGGCUAUUUCUUAAUAGCUUUGACAGCGUCAUCUAAUUUGUUGUUGAAGUUUUCAGAUGUGCUUCGUUCAUGUCUAUAUCAUUUAAUUUAUGUUUUUUACUGUGAGCAGCGGCCGUGAGCUAGAGAAUGAGCUGAAGGUGUCCAUCCAUUCACAAGAAUUUCGAAUAAUUCUCGUAAAACAUAAAAGAAGUUGCAUUGUGGUAUGGGGAACUCGAAUCCGAUUUUGUAGCUUAUUGUUCAAGAAAAUUAGAUUAAAAGAUUUGACAAAGACAAAGCAUCAUUGUGUUCAGUGAGUAUCCAAGCCUUUUGCAUUUCCUUAAACAUUGUCUUUUUCGAAAAUGAUAUACAAUCUUCAGCAACAGUGAUCGUUUUGCAAGAUAGGGCAUAGGUGCUGGGAGGCUUUAUAUGUAAGAUGGCACUCUAAGAUGGGGCAGAAACUGGAAAAGGAGCUGGGCCGUAUGUGAUGUGUGUCAUCAGAACAGUGUGGGAGUGCCACUUGAGUGAAAUCGCGAGAUCACAUGGGAGUCUAAGCGUAUUGAGGAGUUAGGGGCCUGCAUCUGCUGUUCACAGUAAUCCAUUAAAGGGACACUUAAACUGAAACACUGAGCCAUUUUAAUCUGAUAAAGUAUCCUUUCAAAACUUUAUUUUCAUUAAUUUUAUAAUAAUAUCUUGAUUACAAUCGAACCUCUUAUAACGAAGUCGCAGCUGCCACUAAAAUUACUUUUGACUUAGGCUGCUCUUAAAAAAAUGGGCAUGUCAAGCAUAUGAGAACUGGGUUUUACAAUGGUAGUUACGGCAAAAAGCAAAUGAUUACAUGUCCAAGUACUUUGUUCAGUGAGAAAGAAUGUGUCAGAGCAUUGUGCAGACAUGACACCUCAAUACCCCUGUCACCGAUUUAUCACUUUCCUAACACUACGAGAUGAAUCUUUCUUGUACCGUAUAAACCGGGAUAUAAGUCGACAUUUUUUCAUAAAAACACGCCAAAGUCACCCCUCGUCUUAUAUAGCGGUCUUUGAAUGUGAGUUGUCUGGCUACCUGUGGCAACUUUGCCGAAGCUAACAGCAACAUGGCCGCUCAGUGCCAGUUUGGCGUUUCGGAAAAAAGCUUGCGGUAUUGGAGAGUGCAGAAAGGAGAGCUGCUGAAUUGCAUCCCAUGCAAAAUGUCACUUCGUGGGCGUAGUGCGGUUCAUCCGCAGCUUGAGGACACACUCGCGCACUUUGUGCGGGAAUUUCAUGCCCGCUCGUUGUCGGUGACCGUGCGUACAAUGCGUUGCAAAGCCACGGAGCUCGCACGAGAAGCUGGACUCGAAGCGGCCUGCGACAAACGGUCGGCUUACGAGGACAGUGCUGCUACUUCCCACAAAGGAGACUGCGGCUUCGGUGGUGGGUGAGCAGUGCAGUUUCGAAAAUAAAUGCGUUUCAGCGAUUUUUGGUUGUUUUAUUUUUUUAUCUUCUUUUUUUACCUAUACUUAGGGGGUCGACCUAUAUUCCCACUUGACCUAUAGUUCGGUUUAUACAGUAGCUGUAUAAUAGUAGCUUUAUACAGUAACAUAAAGCGGCACUGAACCACUUUUUAUCGAAGUGGAGCAAGUGAAAAUAGGCUAUUUCAGAAAUACUUUGCCAUAAAAAGUACUUCAACGCGUUCAGCAGAAGCGGAGUUAUUAGCAAUCAAACAUGGCCUCCACUGUGCUCCCGUUCUUUCUUCAAUGCCUUGCACUGUGAAGGCUAUGGCAAAGUGGGGCGUGGCCACAACGCUCCACCUUCGAAAUAUCACCGUGGCGUGCAGUUCAAGUUUAAUUUUGGUUAACAUAGACGCCACGACUUCUGAUUUUGGUGCCUACAACGCGCUAAACAUAAGCCAAACGUGGUAAGCCAAACGUGGUUGUCCUCGGCAGGCCGCAGUGCGCUUAGCCAAUGGACUCGGGGCGGCAUCCUACGGCGGCUGCGGUGUAGCCGUCCGCAGAAACCAGUAGCAGCCGCAUAUGGGAAUAUGCUUUAUUACGAAAUAAAGCGUCCAGAAAAGAGUGAGAAUCAUGGCUUCUGUUGAAAAGAGAGCAUUUGAGAGAAAGGUGACUUCGCACUUCGCUUGCAAGCUCCAUGCACCGCGUAUGACAACAAAACUGAGAUGUUCACAGCAGCAUAUGCUACCCGGGGGAUAUGUUAUUUCACCAAGCCCGAGGGAUAGUUCAGGGCCCCUUUAAAGCCCUCGAAAGCUUCGAGAAGCAACCUCACCUGCACUGCUGUUCACCUUGAAGUGAAGAUACCUGCUGGGAGAACUGCACUGAAUUAAAUAUAUGAGAAGAUAUUCCUAAUGCUUGGGCAUAUAUAUAUUAUUUUACCUUUGUGAGAUGCAUAAGCUGUUUUCACUGUUAUUGGAAAGUCAUUAAUGGUACCAGCUGUGGAACUGGCAUUGUGAUGCUGAUCUGAUUUUGUUUCCUUCAGUUGGCAGUGUCUUCAUUUCCUUUGUGGUGACUCAUGUGUCACUGUAGCCUUUGGGCAGGAAGCACAGCUGUUCAUUGCACAUACUAGCAUCUUGGCAUUUCAUCAUCUGCCAGCAAUAUUGUGGCGAGUCUCAAGUGGUAUUGUAGCAGCUCAAUGUGUUGCGGGCCUGAUUGAAGCUGCAUGUUCUCAAACUGGUGAUCGUUUUGCACAUACGCCCACUCCGCCACGCACAUUUAAGAAAGUAGAAGCUGCUACGCUCACCCUACGCCCGUUUGCUACAUGUUAUGUUUUCAGUGCGCACAUUUACUCGGCUAUUUGUGUGUCCUUUCCUUUUUUUCUCUCUCUCCCUUUUUUAACUAUGCUGCUACAUUUAGUUUUGAUGACAAUGCUUGCAGUUUUCAUAGCUGCUGUAAAUCUGAUUUUGAACUUAGCUACUAACUAGCGGAAGUGCUGACAGUAACAUCACACGCUAUAAUGGAGACCUUUAGUAGUGCAGGCUACAGAACAGUGGAAGAAGAUAACGUUCAUUCACAAAGAGAAGAAGCACAAUCCACUGCUACUGAUGCACUAAGGUUACAAUAUUCCAUGAUCUGGCCUUGUGAUCUGUCAGUUCAUGUUUAUGAAUAGUGGUGCAUAUGAGGUACAUGUCUAUCCUACUUCAGGGCUGAAGGAAAGUCUUUUGGAUCUCUGAUCACUUCUACGAAGCUUUUAUUUAUGCCAAUUUACUAGGCUAGAAAUAGUGUCGGAAAGUUUAUAUUUGAGCCGUGUUGUCUGUAGCUGCGCCUCAAAUCCUUCCUAUUUCUGGUCUUCUGCUGAAACCAAAAGAUGUUUCACAAGUGCCUUGUGACACAGGUGUGUGGCUGCCACUCUGAACAGCCUUUGGUGGGUUUUGCAAGAGCCACUACUGUGGAAAGAAGUCAGCAUGUCUAGUUUUAGUAAUGUUGGUGGGCAAUAUUCAAGGUUAUCGGUGGGCCGGCAGUGUUCCACUUCAGCAUUUUGUGUAAUGUGAACUAGGUUAGCUAGAGAAGGAUCACUGAGUGCGCAACCUUGCAAGUACAUAUUUCAAAUUUUUAAAUGGGGUCAGUGCUGCUUGGGAGUUGUAACUUAAGUAACCUACUUAAGGACUGGCCAUCCAUACUUUUUUUAAAAUCGUGGUACAUCUUAGAUUUAUUACUUACCCAAUUGGGUGGAGAACAAACUUUUGUGCAAUAAUGUGCAUAAGCUGUGUAAGCUCUUGUUUUUAGUUGUGUGCUUUGAGUUUGUAGCCAUGUUAAUGUAGGUGCAGUGUGGGAAGGAUUACUUGAGUGAUGAUUUCUUUUGCCUGUUUAGUACAUAAGUGCAGCAGUAUAAUUAUACUUAAUUAUAAAGAAGAAUGAGUGUGCACUCAUAGUUUUUGAUAUUGAUUAAUUAUUGCGCAGAUGUAUUGUAGCCCCAUUCCCCCCUCCCUCCCCCCCCCCCCUUGUUAUUUUUUUUUACUUCUUUUUUUUAUACUUGCACACCUGGUGACAGAGAUUAGGGCUCUGUGAGUGAGCACUGUGCAUUUACCCAACAUGGAAGGGUCACAAUAUCUAUAAACACUUGAGUUUAUGUUGAGCAGAGGUCCUCGUGUGUGAGGACUGCUGCCCAAUUAUAAUCGGACAGGCUUCAGUGUGCUUAUUGGCUUGAAUGCCACAAAAGCUGCAGCAACCUAUCAACCAGUGCUUGAGUGACUGCUUUUUGCAUGAAGGUGCCAUGAAUUAUCAUUCUAGAGCUGGUAUAGAACUUUAUUUCUUGUUGCUUGCUACCAAUUGUGUCAUGCAUCUGUAGUGUAGGGAAAUUUCACUUUUCAGUGUUUCCAAGAGGUUUAUUUGUUGGAGUAUAGUAAAACGGAGUAUGCAUACCUGUGAAUCUCUCCUACAGCGUUUUUAGCAUACAUAAGGCAGUGACGUUUUUACUUUUUAUCUGAUUUUUCUUUGUAUUGCCUUAGAUCCUAGAUGAUGUCUUAUUUAACGCUUAUAGUUGUGCGGUAUCUACUCAAAUAUGAGGAAACGCUUCUACUUUUGCCUCCAAGCUUGAAAAAUUUGUCAUAUUGGCUUGAAACCACAGUUAAAUAUAUAUGAUGCAAACAAGAAAUUGCAUUGUUUGGAUCAGAGUUCUUUUUUUUCUUAUGUAAGCUUGUUGCAAAGGAAAGAAGGGUUUGUCCAUAUUCAAUUUUAGCCUAAUUGAAGAGACAUACUGUACACACCUUUGAAGCCACCAGAGCACUGCAUGAAUUCCCUCCUUGUCUUUUACAAAGGAAUCAGUUUUGGCAAAGGGGCAUGGCGACUUACGUUAAGGUGUUGGAGUGAAAUCGUUUAUAUACGGAGACACAGUGUUUUGCACAUUCAGGCCAGUUUCAACAGAUCUGCUGCACAUAGCACAGCAAUUUGUCUUUUAUUGUACAUAUACUUUUUUUUGUGCUUUUUGCGUGUCAACAUAAUUUAGUUGUACAAAUAUUUUGCCUACCAGCUGUGGAGUUUGUAUGACAUGCAAUGGCGGCUUGUAUAGCUUGUAAUAAACAUCAGCAUAAUAAACAUUGCUUUUU